GGGGCCGGAGCUGCCUGAGUGUGGGCGCAGCGCGGGAACCGGGUUUGCUGCGCGCCGCGCCGCCCCGCCUGUUGAGCAGGAGCCGGGAGUGAGCGUGGCGGCCGCGGGCGGUGGGGACACCGGUGCAGGGGCUGGCAGGUGCCGCCGCUGGGUCCCCUCUCCCGCCCACUGCCUCCCGCCCCUGCCGCCCACUCUCCCCUGCGUUGGCAGCGCGGAUCUGCGAGGCGCCCCCGGGAGAGGCUGGCGAUCCGGGAACGCAGCCCCGAGGUCGGGGACGCCACCGAGAAUCCAGAGUCACUCCUCUUUCUGUUCUGACUUUCGGCUGCCCCUGGAUGCCCCAGUCACCAGUGUCCCUGAUCCUGUAGUGGCUUCUGUGUGUCCAUCCGCGUAAGGGAAACAGCUGCCAGGAGAGGAUCACCAUGUUCUGCGCGAAGCUGAAAGACCUGCAGAUCACGGGGGACUGCCCCUUCUCCCUGCUGGCCCCGGGGCAGGGCCCCAAAGAGCCCACGGGGGAGGCUGAAGGGGGCAGGCCCACAGCUCCCCCCGGGCGGCAGGGCCUCUGUGCUGGGGUCCCUGGGAAGAACCCGCCCGGACGGCUUCCACAGAGAAAGACCAGCCGCAGCCGCGUGUACCUGCACACCUUGGCAGAGAGUAUUUGCAAACUGAUUUUCCCAGAGUUUGAGCGGCUGAACCUUGCCCUUCAGAGAACGUUGGCAAAACACAAAAUAAAGGAAAGCAGGAAAUCUUUGGAAAGAGAAGACUUUGAAAAAAUAAUUGCAGACCAAGCAAUUGAAGCAGGAGUUCCAGUGGAGGUCAUCAGAGAAUCUCUCGGUGAGGAGCUUUUUAAAAUAUGCUAUGAAGAAGAUGAAUACAUCUUAGGUGUGGUUGGAGGAACCCUGAAAGAUUUUUUAAAUAGCUUCAGCACCCUUCUGAAGCAGAGCAGCCACUGCCAAGAAGCAGAAAAGAAGGGCAGGUUUGAGGACGCAUCCAUCCUCUGCCUGGAUAAAGAUCCCGAUUUCUUAAACGUUUACUAUUUCUUCCCCAAGAGGAUCACUUCCCUGAUUCUCCCCGGCAUCAUUAAGGCAGCUGCUCGCAUCUUGUACGAGACCGAAGUGGAGGUGUCCUCGACACCCCCCUGCUUCCACCACAACUGCAGCGAGUUCGUGGACCAGCCCUGCCUGCUCUACUCCGUCCACGUCAAGACCCCUCGGCCACCCCCACCCCCGGGAAAGCCCCCAUCCUCGCUGGUGAUCCCCGCCUCGCUCUUCUGCAAGACCUUCCCCUUCCAUUUCAUGUUGGAUAGAGACAUGAGCAUCCUGCAGUUGGGCAACGGCAUCAGAAGGCUGAUGAGCAGGAGAGACAUGCAAGGGAAACCUCACUUUGACGAGUACUUCGAGAUUCUGACUCCGAAAAUCAGCCAGACGUUCAGCGCAAUAAUGACCAUGUUGAACAUGCAGUUUGUGGUUCGCGUGAGAAGGUGGGACAACUCCGUGAAGAAAUCGUCCAGGGUGAUGGACCUCAAAGGCCAGAUGAUCUACAUGGUGGAGUCCAGCGCUGUCCUGUUCCUGGGCUCGCCCUGCGUGGACAGACUGGAGGACUUCACAGGCCGAGGGCUCUACCUCUCGGACAUCCCCAUCCACAACGCGCUGCGGGACGUGGUCCUGAUCGGAGAGCAGGCCAGGGCCCAGGACGGCCUGAAGAAGAGGCUGGGCAAGCUCAAGGCCACGCUGGAGCAGGCCCACCAGGCCCUGGAGGAGGAGAAGCGGAAGACGGUGGACCUCCUGUGCUCCAUCUUCCCCUGUGAGGUGGCGCAGCAGCUGUGGCAGGGCCGCGCCGUGCAGGCCAAGCGGUUUGGCAAUGUCACCAUGCUCUUCUCGGACAUCGUGGGGUUCACGGCCAUCUGCUCCCAGUGCUCCCCGCUGCAGGUCAUCACCAUGCUCAACGCGCUUUACACCCGCUUCGACCGGCAGUGCGGGGAGCUGGACGUCUACAAGGUGGAGACCAUCGGCGACGCGUACUGUGUUGCUGGGGGCUUGCACAAAGAGAGUGACACCCACGCUGUUCAGAUCGCGCUGAUGGCCUUGAAGAUGAUGGAGCUCUCUGAUGAAGUCAUGUCUCCCCACGGAGAGCCCAUCAAGAUGCGAAUUGGACUGCACUCAGGGUCAGUUUUCGCUGGAGUUGUUGGAGUAAAAAUGCCCCGUUACUGCCUUUUUGGAAACAAUGUCACAUUGGCUAACAAAUUUGAGUCCUGCAGUGUUCCCCGGAAAAUCAACGUAAGCCCCACCACCUACAGAUUACUCAAAGACUGUCCUGGUUUCGUGUUUACACCUCGAUCAAGGGAGGAACUCCCACCAAACUUUCCCAGUGACAUUCCUGGAAUCUGUCAUUUUCUGGAAGCCUAUCAACAAGGAACAACUUCAAAGCCAUGGUUCCAGAAGAAAGAUGUUGAGGAAGCCAAUGCGAAUUUUUUAGGCAAAGCAUCGGGAAUAGAUUAGCCAAAUAUACACCCAAUUGUUAGUCUUUGGGUUUGACUCCUUGGAGCAUGUGUAUACCCUCUGAGAGCACAUUGGGAUGGCAGCAAGCUAAGGAGCUGUAGUAACAUUUCAGGAGCUAAGUCACCAUCUACUUUUCCUUCCACUUACCAUGACAAAAAUGUAUUCACUUCAAUAUUCAAUUCUUCAGUGAGAAAGAAAGAAUGAAAGAAAGAAAGCAAGCUCAAAAGUGACUUUGGGGGUAUGUUUCUGUUAUAUAAGAAUCAUAUAACCUGUACUCAAAACUUGGCACCUUGUACAUAUAUUGGGUGAUUGUAGUGACCUGUACACAACCCAGUGGAGUUGUCUGCCUUCUGCCCUGGCCGAAUGCCCUGAUUAUCAAAGUGCUUGUGAUAGUGUUGGUUGCCUUAAAAAUGCUUUUUGAAUAGAAAUGAUAGUCUUUGAUACCAUAAGCUCUUUGAGCCUUUCAACUCUGCAUUUUGUUACAUUUCCUCAUUUAACUGUUAGCAUAUAUGACAAAAUAGGUUGAGGUUUUUUUCUGUUGCACUUUCUUUUUUCUUUUCCUUUUUUUUGAAGAAAAUAAUCCAUUAUGGGUUACAUGCAAUAUGAAUCUAAAGUAGUUCUUUUGUAAAUAUCAAAGAUGAUUUUAUAAAAAUAUUCUCCACAACAUAAUGUCAUAACAAUAAAUAUUUCCUUUUUUGACAUUUUUAAGAGCCUAUACAUGCUAAAGACUAUUUUAAUUCAUAAUAGCAAUUUCAUUUCUAUUAAUUCGUUUUUGUGUCAUAAUCUUCAGGAUAAAAGAGGGUUACAGCCUAUAUUAAAAUGCAAUAAUAUCAUUCUGAUUUACUUUAACCAGAAGCAACAUGGAGUAAAGGCAGCCUUCAGGGAAUGAAGCAUAAAGUACAGAAGUAAAACGUUUACACAAACAGCAGUAAUUUGGACCUAUUUCAGCCAAUGCCCUCCAUUGCCAGGCUGAGCCUUAUAAAGUUACAAUAGGAAAAGCUAAGUUCAGAAGUGGGGAAUAAGACUUGUUCUUUUUGCAGAUAGCUUAUUUUUAAGUAUUUGUGUUGAACACAUUGGUGUGUAUAUAUGUCCUCGGAAUCAUCAAGCUCUUUGUCUUAAGUACAUAUCUGUGAAUUUUUUAUUUUAGUGAAAUAACUCAAUGAUAUUUUAAAGAGAAUGUUAAUAUUGAUGAAGAAAAUGAUGCUGUGAUUUCAUUAUGGAAAUUUCAAAACAUUUUUCUGGAACGUGAACGUUUAUUUUUAAUGAUGUUAGUCUCAGAUCUCUGCUGAACUAAAUAACAUACAGUUUGGUUGGAGAUAAGCAAUCUGGUUUUAAAAAGAACGCAACUUCAAAGCAAGAGAAAGAUGAACAUUGUAGUGUUUAAGUCAGUAUUACCAGAGCUAUAGAUACACUGAUCUCUUAUUUGGGGAUCUGAGAAGUAACUCAGCUUAAAUUUUUAAAAAUUAUCUCCAUUGGUGCCCAGACUAGUCUGUGGUGACCUCAGGAAUAAAAGUCAUUGCUGGCUGGUUUCUGGCAUUCCUGGUGUAUUACUAUAAAUAUUACAAUAAUUAUUCUUUACUCAAUGAUGUGCCAAUGUAUUGUACUGAAUGUGGCUCAUUAAAUAUCAGUACUAUUAUUCGAGAGUACCACAGGCCUUGGGAAAAUAUAGUUAUAGUCUCACAAUUAUAUGAAGUUAAUAAAAAUAUUUAACAGGAAAAUAAAGACUUACAUACAUUUUUCUUCCUGGAACUGAGCCCUUAUUACAGGCAGAAUAAAAUUAGGAAUUCGGGGAAAUUAAAAAGCACAAAAUAAAGUGUAUUAUUUAUCACCUAUUUAAGCAGACCCAAAUUUGCUAAUAAUUUAUGUUCCAAAAGUUGUAAAUUAAUUAGAAUUCAAAAAAUAUUUUCUAUGCGUAUGUGUAAAUACACACACACACACACACACACACACACACACAUAGAACCAAUGGAAGAAAAUGUAAGCAAUCUGAGUAAGAGCUACAUGGGAAUUCCUUGUACUAUUCCUGCAACCUUUCCAUAAGUUUGAUAUUUACUCCAAAUAAAUAGUUACCAAACAUUUAUUUUCUUGAAAACAUUAAAUCAUCUGAUUCCCCGGGCCAGCCUGCAAAGGCUCCUUAAUUAUGGGAUACCUCAUAGCCCUUAAGCAAGAUAGACAUACAACAUUUCCAUGAUGGAAUGCACUCAAAAUCUGCAACUUGGAUGCUGAAAACUUUAAGGAAUCCCUUUUCCCAUCUCUGUCUUAUCUACUUUGGAGGGUGGAGGUGACAGAGACAUAUUCAGUUCCAGAGCACUGAAGGUAGCCAGGCAUGGAGCCCGAGGGUAGGUUCAUAAGGCAAGUUAGGGACCCAGACUGGGGCUUGAGGCUGGCGUGGAGUUGAGGAUGGAGAAAAGGAUGGACACAGAAUAUCUCUGACAGGCUUGGGGGCCAAGGGUUCUGAAUCUUACUGCCAAGUGAAUUGUCCUAAAAUAUAUGUAAUGUGCGUCCCAAGAUGCCUGUUCCUCCUAAGAACUCCAGGAGCUGUUUUUCUGGUUCUGUUGUUUCCAUGACUUCUUGGGUGGGAAGGAAGGAAGGGUUACUUCAGUGUUUCACUAACCUUUCCUCCAAAUUCCUCCUCCCUGACUUUGCAGGUCUCUCUGGGGCAGCUAUGGUGAGGUUAGGAGCAGCUGUAGAGACGGAGCAGGCUACUCGCAGGGGGCUAGCAAGGGAAGGAAGAAUAAAGGGGGGAGUGAUUGGGGGGCAGACAUGGCCCCCCCACCCCUAGAGCUCUACCUGCAAAGCCCGAAGUGAUGUCUAGGGCUUGCGUGCGUAAUGCUUGUAACUGUCCCAGAGGAUGGGUUAGUGGAUCAUUGCAGCUAUAAAUGCAUGGGUUUUACCUGAAUAAUCAUUAUUCCUCAGUGGAAAUGACUCUCUUUGAGGCGCAUUUGUUGGGGUGGCAGCAAAGGACACGGCCCUUCCCUAAACCAUGAAAGAAAGAGCCCGUUGUACCUGAUUGUGGGCUUGGGUGCGUUUCCCUCUGGAGAUGGCUGUGUGGGGACAGUUAAGAGCAGGCGGAUUUGCAGGGUGAAGGAUGGGGGAUGUGACACACGGGACACACGUGACACACGUGAGGGGGAAGGGUGGUCAGGAGGGAGUUGGGCCAGAGGUGUUGCGGAGUCUGUAAAGAAGGACAGAUCAUCUCCUGCAAAACCAAACCUCAGGUUGCUGCAGGGAUGAUAGGAAAGUGCAAUCCCCUUGUCCAAACACAGGCUAAAAGCAGGGACAGCUUGCUUUAGUCAGCAGGGAACACCAAGAGGUAAAUGUAAACCAGAGUUUACAGUGUUGCAACGUACAUACUUUGUAGGAAUUCUUCUCAAAUCCCGGGAAAUCUCUGCUUUCUCUUGUGAGAAGGGGAGGAAUCCCUCCCAUUGUGAGAGACAGGAGCUUCUGGAAGCCAUUAGCCAUUUGCAGUUCCGGUUGCCUUUGGUUUCCUUCUGCUCUUUGUGCAUUUGCUUCCAUGUUGUAGGCGAAGUGUGGCUCCCUUUAAAUGCUUCUUUUAUGGUGUUAAUGAUGUUCUCUCACUUGGUGUUCAUACUUUAAGCCACUUGCAAUAUUUUACACUUUAUGGCCACCUAAAUUUCUCCUGAAGCAGCUUUGCCCUUGACCUGUCACAACUGCAUCUCUUUUGAUCAGCGCAUGCAAUCCAUACACUUUUACCUCUAAAGCUAUUCCUGUAUUCAGUGCUUGCAAAACCAAACUAGCAUAGGUUUCAUAAAUGCAUAGAUUCCAAACUUUAAAAACUAAGCAAACGG